AUGAUGCCUUCUGAUGGCCAGAUAUGUGCCCUUCAAAUAAUGCCCACUGACCUGGAUGAUGAUCUAGAUGAGCGUCUAUUCUGUCGAUACAAUGACGAGAUCGCAGCCUGGCAGGCACUUAUUAAUGAACAUGAACAGCGCGUCAACUCCCUUUAUGAAAAGCUGGUUGCAUCCGCUGCCCAGUCACCACUAGCCGCCCUCAUUGAUCGCCUUUCAGAAUUGUUUUCAUCUGAUUUACGGACUUCUAUCGAUUGGGUGCGUAAGCACUCGACAUUCUCACGACACACUGAUUUAAUAGAACUAUUUGAGACUGCAGUGGCCUUUUCAGGACGAUCUUCUGCCACGUCCACAAUUUCUUUGCCAUCAGAUUCGCUAUCCAUUCCAGAGACUCUGGUGGACCGACGUAUUCAAACCUCACGCGCCAAGUUAAUGCGCGCUGCACGACGCUUUCGCUCCACUAUAGUGCUUCUUCAUCAUCGUCUGCAAGAGCUGCACUCCUGUGUCGCCGACGCCGCAUAUUCCCGCAGGGCCAGACUCCGUGGUCCAGUC